UGGUUAUCUUCAGGGGAAAAGAAAAAAGCUUGGGUUGUGUGGUAAUUGUGAGAAAUAGAGGUGAGAGAAAAUGGUGGUGAGGAUCCGAUUGUCUCGGUUCGGAUGCAAAAACAAACCGUUUUACCGGGUCAUGGCCGCCGACAGUAGAUCUCCUCGCGAUGGCAAGCAUCUCGAAGUCUUAGGCUACUACAAUCCCUUACCAGGCCAAGAUGGUGGCAAAAGAAUGGGUCUUAAUUUUGAACGAGUGAAAUAUUGGCUUUCUGUUGGGGCGCAACCCUCAGAACCUGUGCAGCGCGUUCUUUUUCGAGCAGGCUUACUACCUCCACCUCCCAUGAUGGCAAUGGGACGUAAAGGUGGACCACGUGACACACGUCCCAUUGAUCCUAUGACUGGUCGCAUCUUGACCCCAGAGAAACCAGCUAAUGCUGACCAGUCCAAUGACUAAGGGUGAAGAAGACAGUGAAGACGACGACGCAAGUACCUCAUGAAACUCUUCAUUGCAAUUUUUAAGAUCUUAUUUUUGUUUCUUUAAUCUCUUUUUAGGGGGUGCGGGUAUCAAGAAUUUUUGUUUCUACUUGGACAUCCCCCAGAAAGACAGUGUGGUCUUGCACUCUUGCUUAACUUUGGACAACAAUUCUCAUCUUUUCUGGGAAGGCUGCAAGUUGUGUGGUGAUAUUGGUACUUUUAACUCCACGACACCACAUUAGGGGUAUUAAGUGCUAUGUAAUGGCUACAGUGUCAAAAGUUCCUAAAGAAAACGACUGUACUAAAUGUUGUGCAAGCUGCUGCACUGAACA